AGAUGGUAAAUUAGCAUCACAAUGGACAUUAGAUUUAAAAACUGACAGUGGUGACUUAUAUAGAGGUGUACCUAAAAGUGGAAAAGCUAAUUGUACUCUUAUCCUGGAGGAUGACUUAUUUGCAGAUAUUUCAAAUGGAAAAGUUGAUCCUCAAAAGGCAUUUAUGUCAGGAAAAUUUAAAAUUCAGGGUGAAAUUUUAGCAACACAACGAUUACAAGACGUAUGGAAAUCAUCUCCUCCAGUUCAAAAGAAACCUGUUCCAACAGAAAAAGUAGAAAUAAAUAAGUCAGAAAAUUCAACUAUUGAAGAGCCUCCUUCCUAUCUGAAAGCAGAUAUUUUGUUUGGUAUCUUUGCUGAACGCUUGCAUGAAGAACCAGAUUUAGCGAAAAAAAUGAAAAUGGUUUAUCAUUGGACCAUUUUAAAAGAUAAAAAGAAAGCUACAGAAUGGACUAUUGAUCUUAAGACUGAAAAGGGUGCGAUUUAUAAAGGACCACCAAAAACCAAACCAGAUGUAACUUUAAUUGCAGAGGAUGAAGAUUUAAUUAUGCUUUUAUUAGGAAAAUUAAAUCCUCAGAGA